AGCGGAAAGGGUGAUUGGAGAGAGAAAUUUGAGUUGUGUUGUUGUAGUUGUAGGUGGGGGGCGGAGGUGAUUGGAGAGCUGGUGCAUAGAGACUGGGAGAGAGAAGGGUAUGUCUGGCUCUGGCGGCGGCGGUGGCGGGUGCAGUUGCGUAGUAUGGCUGAGGAGAGAUCUGAGGAUAGAAGAUAACCCGGCGUUGGUGACUGGGGUUAGAGCAGGGACGGUGGUGCCGUUGUUUAUAUGGGCGCCGGAAGAGGAAGGCCAUUACUAUCCUGGAAGGGUGUCCCGCUGGUGGUUGAAGCACAGCCUUGCCCAUCUCGAUUCGUCCUUGCGCAAUCUCGGCGCUCCUUUGCUGACUAAGAGAUCCACUGAUUCCCUCUCUACUCUCCUUCAGGUCCUUCAAUCGACCGGCGCCACUCACCUCUUCUUCAACCACUUAUAUGAUCCUUUGUCACUUGUUCGGGAUCACAGAGCCAAGGAAGUUUUGACAGCUAGAGGAAUAGUUGUGAGAUCCUUCAAUGCAGACCUUCUUUAUGAACCAUGGGAUGUUACUGAUGCUCAAGGCCUUCCUUUCUCCACCUUUGCUUCCUUCUGGGAAAGAUGCCUUACCAUGCCUUAUGAUCCUGAAGCUCCUUUACUCCCGCCUAAGAGGAUUAUAUCAGGUGAUGUCUCGAGAUGUCCUUCCGAUACAUUAGUAUUUGAAGACGAAUCGGAGAAGGCAAGCAAUGCACUCCUUGCUCGAGCAUGGUCACCUGGGUGGAGCAAUGCUGACAAAGCCUUGACGACAUUUAUCAAUGGGCCGUUGCUUGAGUACUCGAAUAACCGUAGGAAGGCUGACAGCGCCACGACCUCGUUUCUCUCUCCUCACUUGCAUUUUGGGGAAGUUAGUGUGAGAAAGGUUUUUCAUCUCCUUCGGAUCAAGCAGGUUUUGUGGGCCAAUGAAGGAAACCAAGCUGGGGAAGAGAGCGUGAAUCUGUUUCUCAAGUCGAUCGGUCUUAGGGAGUACUCGAGGUACAUGAGUUUUAAUCAUCCCUACAGUCACGAGAGGCCUCUCCUAGGGCACCUCAAGUUCUUUCCAUGGGUUGUGGAUGAGGGAUAUUUUAAGGCAUGGAGACAAGGAAGGACUGGUUAUCCUUUAGUCGAUGCUGGAAUGAGGGAAUUAUGGGCCACAGGGUGGAUGCAUGAUCGGAUAAGAGUGGUGGUUUCAAGUUUCUUUGUUAAAGUUCUGCAACUUCCAUGGAGAUGGGGGAUGAAAUAUUUCUGGGAUACACUCUUGGAUGCUGAUUUAGAGAGCGAUGCUCUUGGUUGGCAAUACAUUUCUGGAACUCUCCCUGAUGGACGUGAGUUCGAUCGCAUUGAUAACCCACAGUUUCAGGGUUACAAAUUCGACCCUAAUGGUGAAUAUGUCCGUCGCUGGCUUCCCGAGCUUGCUAGGCUGCCAACCGAAUGGAUACAUCAUCCAUGGAAUGCACCUGAAUCAGUCCUUCAAGCAGCUGGCAUCGAAUUGGGAUCCAACUAUCCUCGCCCCAUUGUAGGAAUAGACGCUGCAAAAGUCAGGUUGGAAGAAGCACUCUCUGAGAUGUGGCAACUUGAGGCUGCUUCGAGAGCAGCAAUUGAGAAUGGCACUGAAGAAGGUCUUGGAGAAUCCUCCUAUGACUUGGAACCGAUUGCAUUCCCUCAGGACAUACAAAUGGAGGAGGAAGAACAACAGCAUCAUGAACAACCUAUGAGAAACAACAAUCCUUUGGUAGCAGUUCGCCGUUAUGAAGAUCAGAUGGUGCCGAGCAUGACAACUUCUAUCCUGAGAGGGGUGGAUGAUGAGGAAACAUCUGCAGAUGCCCAAAAUGCUGCUGAAGAUAGCAGAGCGGAAGUUCCAGGAAAUGUAAAUCAAGAACUGAGGGGAGAUGCUUCAAACGAAGAGUUUAUGCAGACUGUUCACCGGGCUAACCCUUUGCCUCAAGUUAACAUGGUUAGGGUUGGAGCAAAUGCUGCAGACGACUCUGCAUCAGAAUCUUCUUCAAGCACACGGAGGGAGAGGGAUGGGGGCGUCGUUCCAGUUUGGUCUCCUCCUCCAACUCCGAGUUACUCGGAUCAGUUUGUUGGUGAUGAAAAUGGAAUGGGUUCGAGUUCUUCUUACUUGCAGAGGCAUCAAUCUCACCAGAUACUCAACUGGAGGCGGCUUCCCCAGACUGGGUAGUAUCGAGUCUUUUGAAAGACUUGGGGCACUCUAACGAGAUGCCAGGUACUUAUCUUGUCAGUUUUGAUGUUUUCUUUAACGUAGAAAAGUAUGUGUUGCACAUGUACAACUUUGUCUGUUUUCGCACACCCAUGUGACGAAUCUAAUUAGUUUUGGCUUUAGAUGGCCAACACCCCACCUCUUUUAUCGUCUCCAUCUCUAAAUACUAUAAAGCGUUUUCUCCCAAAACUCUUCACCGCAUCUUGCGGAAUUUUUUUUUUUUUUUCCUUUUUCCGCAUUUGCAAACAGCAGCGGCCAAUUUUUAUAUAUUUUAUUAUUUUCUUUCACAUGCUUUAUUUUAUUUUAUUUGGUAAGUACGUGCUUUAUUUUUUAAAAGAAUCGUGUUUGUCCAAUUUGCAAGUUCUCGAGAAUUUUCUCAUUGUAUUUUGUUUGGCCGGUUAAAAUUAAUAAUUUUGAAAUUGUAUCGGAGGUUAUACAAAAAUAAGUCAGUAAUUUUCUUAAACAAAAUGUUAGUAAUAAGAUAUUUUGUAUAAAAAUUAUGGUUUGACUGUGAUUCAAUUGUUGUUUUACACCCGUUUAAAAUCACCUAUCAUUUAGAGUCUGAUAUUCAAUAUUUUCGCUCCAACCGGGUAGUGCGGUGGAUUUCUAAAACAUUGGUGAAAAUACACUUGGUACUAUUUUUUCAAGAAUUCUUAGUUGAACCUUAGCUCAAAUAUCUCACUUUAUAAAUUGAUCUAUAUUGUCUGGAAGAAGAUUUUUCAGUGGGUUUAGUUCAUGAAUCUUCGCAUACAUACAAUGCACCGAGACUUUAUAUUAUAACAAUUUCAACAUGAGAAUUUUUUGGUAAAACUUCAUUGUGGGAAUGAGUCAUGAGAUUGAUGCCCAAUAUUUUAGAUAAUAGACGAACUAUCAUGAGAUUGAUGCCCAAUAUUGAAAUUUUUUAACAAUAGUAUUUUAUAAAUUUUGCCAAAAUUUAAUUUGUUUUAUUGAAAGUUUAAUGUCUUCACUUUGAAACGUGUAUUUCAUACGUCAAUGACUAAACAUUAUUUAAAAAUUAUUCAGUGUAUAAUUGAUAAAUUGCCUGAUUCAUACAAGUUAAUAUCUCAUAAAACAUAAAAUUAUUUAUGACUUAAACUUAUAGUUGGCUACAUGAAAUAUCACAAGUAUAUCUUGAAAAAUGUACACAAAAUAGUUGAAGUAUGAUGAUAAUUAAUCAGUAUAGAUGGAUAGUGGUAAUUUUUUCUUUUUUGGUUGGCUGAAAGUGGAUAAUUUUUUUAUUAUAAAAAAAAUAAUUAAAUGAGACCCAACCGGCCAACGGCCGGGCUUAAAGCUAGUUUAAAACUAAGAACAUAUUCCAUGACUUUUCUUUCCUCUUUGUUCUUCAACUUUAUAUCACAACUUUUCAUUUAGAUAUAAGAAAGAAAGAAUGUUGGUUCAUUUCCGUCCCUAUGAGUUAGUACCCUAGGCUGUUUUAAUAAAUUAAAGUUCUUUUGGUUUUGAACCUAAUCAACCUGGGUAUAUUUAGCAAAUUCAUCCAUGAUCCAUAUCAUUACUGUCUCUGCCUCUCUGGGGUGCUAAAUAAGAAUUUCUAUCAUACCUGGCAUUUGAGAUUAAAGAAGCGUUUACCAUGGCAAUGAUGCUUAUUAAAAAUCGUAGUAUAUUAACUUGUUUUGGUACGACUACCUGUUUGGCAUUCUGAUUCUGCUCUGUUGGCUGGUAGGUACACACAAGUACUGGACUGUGCAGGUUAAAGUACAUGGGAAUGAUGCUCUAAUCCCCAUCAACCCGCUCGGUGUCGAAAUCAAAUAGUCCCAACUAAAUCGCUCAUUUCCACGAUAACCUGUAAGCUGAUCACUGCACUGAGACCUCGAAUGUGGAUACUACUACUACUACUACCAUACGAAUCAGCCAGACGAUAUUAUUAUCGUUCCACUCCUUAUAUGUACCAUGUAUCUACUUUGUAUGCUGUAUAGUUUUUCAUCCAUUUUUUCUUUUUUGGUUCGUGUUGUAAGGUAUGAUAAUUGUUGACAGCGUUUGUAGCUGGAUCAGGAAUUCCAGGUUUGUGCUCCGAUAUUGAAAUUUAAUUGGGUCAGAGUAGGCAGAUGGUUCCCACUGUAAUUCUUGCUCUUUAUGCCUUUGUUUUUCUUCUUACCGGCACUAGUGCGUCUCUAUUAUCGAGUGAAAAACAGGAAAAUUAAAGUCCUACCUGCGCCCAAGUGCCAUUGCAUGUGAUUAGCACUUCUUGGUGUUCCUAUACAAACUGUAAUUACUUUUGCUACCAGGAUGAACCUACGCGGGUGUGAACUGUGGUCAUCGCAAGGUGAAUGUUGUGAGUAGUGGUGUCUCCAGUUCUGACUCGAGGGAGAGGUGUGUUAUGUUCACACGCUCUUAUCCCUCGGUGGAAGUUGGGUUGUGCCUUAGUCAGGCACCUGGUGUGGCAGCCUGUCGAGCGGUCGGUGUUCACACCCUCGAAGUGGAAGUGACUAGGUCAAGUACUGUGUAGGCGGGUGUGCUUGCGGGCAGUUCCUAGCUCUUACUGGCUAGGAUCAAAAUGUAAAUUUUGAAAAGUUUAGGUACUAAAAUGUCAUAAUAAAAAAAUUUAGGUACCAAAAUGUAAUUUUCCAACGAUAUUUUUCGUAUAAAAUAUAAAUUUUAGG